UGAAAACUUAAGUGUGUUGGUGAAUGGUGAAGUUUUAUUUAUAAGAAAAAGACCUUAUAUUAAACGCGUAAUGAAAACGCUCUAUUUCCGUUUUUUUGUAUUAUGUUAUUUCCUUUUCCUGAAUCAAAUCUUUUUUUUUUUUUGGUAGGAUGCAAGGGACAAAGGUCCCCUACUUUUUAUUAAGAAAACUUCAAAAAAUACUACAAGCAAAACUGCCGAGUUCUAGCUAUCCCAUGAAAAUCUUCCGACAGCAUAGAAGUAACAUGUUAUGGAACCAACUUAAAGUAAUGUAAACCAAAAAGUAAAGAAAACGCAUAGUUAGCCAAUCUAUCAGCUAGAUGAUUACAUUAGAUAUUUUGACUAUCCAGUCUCUUAAUAUGAAACCAUAGCACAAGCAUACUAGAAACGACAAAGAAUGAGCAUCAUGGAUCCAUGUCUUAAGAAAACCCACUACACUCUCAGAGUCCACCUCCACUUCUAGCCUUCGAAUACCACUGUCCCAUGCUAUGCACAGCCCAUAAUAAACACCCCACAGCUCCACUAAGCGGCCGAACAAAUGCCAAUGUAGAUAUCAAAACCCCCUUUCCACCCUCCAUAUUCAUCCCUCAUCACCCCACCUGCUGCCGCCAGUCCAGGGUUUCCUUUAGAAACUCCAUCAGUGUUCAAUUUGCACCAUCCAGACAUUGGUCGUGACCAUGCGAUCUGCCUCUCCACUCGUGCCCCAAUCACCGAGUGCUGCCUCAGUUUGUUAUUCGCCUGUAUCACCUCUUGAGUCUUAUCCUUAACAAACUGCACUCUGUCUCUACACUUCCCUGUCAUUUUUUUUUUUUUUGAGAAAAAUCUACACUUCCCUGUUUCACCAAACACAUACUCACAUCUCUACUUCCAGCACCACCACACAGUCAAAGCGAAAAGCGUAGGCCAUUUUUCCCCAAUAUCUAAAUUUGAUUUAGGGAUUUGUUGUUUUAUUCGAAAAUGUUGUCAAACCGCCAAAUUCUACGCUGGCGGAUUAAUGACCGUUUUAGUGUUUCUUUGUAACAUUUUGUUGUGUCCUAAAUUAUUCUAAUUACAGAGCGAUCUUAGAUAAGGAUGAAACUUGUCCAAAAGACUCUAUUCCAUCUCACAUUUUUGAAGCAAAAAAAGAAAUCUCAAGAAAACUAAGUUAAGAAAUCAAACAGUCUAAUGCCAAAUACGGAGUUAACAGCAAAGACAAGUUCAAAUUUAGCCAACACAUUAGAAAAUUAUCUCUCCACCGUUAAUCUUGAGCUUUUCACAAGAUCUACUGUAUAUAUACCUAACCAAAUCCUUUUAUUACAGACUCAGAUUUUGAGAUUUAGCUUUUGAGUAUAGAAAAAAGUAAGGAUGGGUCUCAAGGCCUCCUCUUCUCUCCUCUGUCUCGCCAUUUUACUUGGUGUCUCCUCCAUUGUAUCAUCCGUUAACAUAACCCGAGCACUAGAGAAUUACCCUGAGUUCAGCACUAUGAUCGAGCUUUUGGCCAAGACCGAGCUCACACCAAUUAUCAACAAACGUCAGACAAUCACCGUUCUGGCUCUUAGCAACGAUGCUAUCGGUUCCAUCUCUGGUAGACCCGAGGAGGAGCUCAAGAACAUUCUUAUGAACCAUGUGGUUCUUGACUACUACGAUGAGCUCAAGCUCAAGGCUCUCAAGGACAAGAGCACAUUGCUCACUACCCUUUACCAAUCCACCGGUUUAGGCCAGCAGCAAAACGGUUUCCUCAACUGCUCCAAAGCUAACGGAAAGAUUGUCUUCGGGUCUGCCGUGAAAGGCGCUCCUCUAACCGCUGAGUACAUCACGACCGUGUUCCGUAACCCGUUCAAUCUCUCUGUGGUCCAGAUCAGCAUGCCCAUUGUGGCUCCUGGACUCGGGGCUCCGGUUAAGGUUCCUCCACCACCACCCAUGACUUCCCCACCGGCUCCAGCUCCCAAGAAGGCUGGAGCCACUCCAGCUCCUGGACCAGCUGAGGAGGAGGAUUACGCAGACGCUCCUCCUGGUGCAGCUCCAGAAACCGCACCUGCAUCAGCCCCAUCAGAAGAUGGUUCUCCUGCUCCGGCUCCAGAGAAUGCUGGUAAGAAGAAGAUGGCAGCAGCUGAUGAGGUUGAACCACCUAGCUCUGCUUCUAACACCGGUUUGAGAUUUGGUGGUGCUCUCGUUCUCGGGUUUGUGGCUAGCUUUUCUGGGUUCUAAGAUGGUUUAAGACAGAGGGAGUCGAGGUUAUUAAACGUCUACAUCACAUUAAUGUACCUCAAUCAGUUACUAGUUUGGAAUGAAAGUGUGAUGUUCUGUCCUGUGAAAUAUGUAUGACGAGAUUGGGAACCCAUGUGUUUAUCUUUAUUCAUCCAACUCAAACGCCAUACACAACCCAUGAAUAUGUGCUUCCACAUAGCACUAUGGAAAUGAUUUAAUCCCAAACUACCAAGGAUCAUUUCAGAUGAACCAAAACAUAUAAUAAUGUAGUUUUAGCAUCCAGAAAAUGCACAUAUCCAAGUAAGCCCAACAAAAUGACAAAACACUCUAAAGAGUUUUCACCAAAGUAUCAAAAGGAAAGCCUAAAAAAAAAAGAAUGCACAGUUGGUUGCUCUAGGAGAGAGUUAGAUAUAUUGAAGCGCGCCUAUUUGAUUACGCAGCGGGCCCUAUGUGCAGAGAAGCCUCUCUCAUUUAAUCCUCUCUACGAUGUUAGAGACGACCUCUUCCAUAUCAAGUUCCGUCAUCGGUGUAAAUGGUUUCUUCAUAUCCAAAAGAGUGAUGAAUGAUUCGCCGCCUUCCUCUCGAAUCUCAAAACAUCCACGCCUUGGCUGUUGUUUAAAUCAAACAUAUAAUAAUGUGACCAAAUAAAACAAAAACAAGCUAAGCAUUUGUGUUGGCUCUUUCCUUGAAUACCUUAAGAGGAUUGAGAGUGACAAUGAUGCCAGGAACAGCAUUCUCCAGACCUUCCUUCACCUUGUUGGCUCUCUCCUUGAAUGAUUUGUGUUGUUUGCUUCAACCAAAACAAACAGAAACGUUUAGCUUCCCAGACGAAAAUAAACUACAGAGAAUCGUAAAACCAAAGAGACAAUGGAGGAGACAUUUAUAGCUUACUAGUGCUCGAUCACGAUCGUCUUUUUCUCAGAGACUUCUUCUUCUUCUUCUUCUUCUUCUUCUUCUUCUUCUUCUUCUUCUUCGUCUACGUGGUCUUCUACCACAGCUUCCUCUUUUUCUUUCUUGAUCUUCUUCGUCGCCGCUCCACCUUCCUUGGCUUUCGUCUUCCUUUUCCUCUUCUCGGGAGACUCGAAGUUCAUGAGCUUGGAGGAUGUCGAGUUACCACCCCCGCGUCCCUUAGUUUGGCUCCGAGUCUGGCGAGCCAUGCUUCGAGUCUGCCUCGUCGACGUAGCCACCGCCGCAACAUAUUUCCCCUUAACUCCUCCUCCGGUGCUCUUCGGCGGCGCCAUUGAAUUGAAUCAAAGAACAUAAAAGAAAAGCUUCCGUCGCAGCCAGAAUACUGACGGUUCCCUUUUCUUGUUGAUAUUUAUCACUUUCACCCGCUCUUUAUAACGUUGGGAAGGACUAAAGUUACUGGAAGAGGACACGUCACACGGAAAUCGAGUCGACGGUCAUGAUUAGAGCAUGUACAACCCAAAACCCCAUUAUGAGUAUCAUAACUAAUAUCCCUUAGAGCAUCAUUAUCCCUAUAACCCUAUUUGGGUUUCUUAAUGAAUUAUUUAAUAAUAAAAAUUAGUUAAGAAAUUUAGUUAAGAAACUUAUAGAUUUUAUGCUUUAUUGGGGGUUUCUUAAUUAAGGUUUUUAAAAAAAAAUGUCAUAUAGAAAAUGUUUUUGAUUGUUUUGUGAAUAAAAUUUGUGAUCAAGAGAAAGAGAAAAUGAACUUAUUUCGAUUAAAAUGUGUUUACUCGUUUUGUAUGGUAAGAAGGAAGAGAAUGAACUUGAAAGUUGAGAGAACUUCAAGUUAUAAAGAAAAAAAGAACAUGAGAAUGAGGAGAAAGAACAAAAGCUUAUUUAUACAAAACACAUUACGAGGUAUUAUUUUGCUCAAAUCACACAAUCACCAUAAGACACAAAACAACAAGACACAAGUCUGUGACAGAAAACAACAAGACAACGUUUGCUUAUAACAGAA